AGUUGGUAUGAUCAGUAUAUAGCCUCUGACGCUCGUCAUCAAAAACUCAGAAUCAACGAGUAGCUUAUUGAUAAGGAACUGCAACGAAUAUACAGAGAAUGAGGCUUAGGAACACUGUCUACGAGCCCUAGAAUGCGGCAGUGUGGAUAUACUGCUAUUUUGCCAUUCUUGCCCACCUACCACAGAGGAAAGAGCAAAUAACCUACAAGUACCAGGCAGGGACAGAAAGAGAAAACCACAUAUAUGGCACCUCCGCUCGACUGUAACAGCCUCUCUCCAACUACUACUUCGACACAACCCUUACCAGCAACCACAAUGCUUCCCCGACUCGACGGCACUAGCGAAAGUAAAGCCAUCACCCAACGUGCCCGAAUUAGUAAACGCAUCGCCAACCUCUGCAGCACCAAGAAAUCCGAUUCAAGCUCCGAAGAAUUUGACGGCGAUGAGGAGAUAGACAACACAUCACCAAUGCGCCGCCUCUCACCGCGAGCCACGGGAUACGAUCCGUCGACUCAACAGCGCAAGGAACGCACGAUUUCGUUUCGGAAGCGGCAGUCCAAGAUUUCUAGACCCACACCAAUCGUUGGUUCCAGUAGUGGUGCUGGCGGAGCUCAGAAAGAAUCCGGUGGGGAAGGGGUUUUGGCUGGUGUUAGCGUACCUACCAUUGACAGUCCGAUUACGAAGAGCCCAUCUCAGUCGUCGUCGCGGGCACAGAUGCAGUCUAUUAGGGAAACCACGACGACGAGGAUUCCUAUGUCGGUCAUGUCUGCGAGUCCUACGAGAGAGGCUGCUUUGACGAGUCAUCCAGCUGGGACGAAGGAAAGUGAAAGUUCGGAGGGUGGGUUCGAAACACCUAUGGAGGAAGGGAGUCGGGAAGAUGGAUACUUGAAUAGGAAGUGAGAUUUACGGUACUUUUUCACUACAAGGCGGGUUAUACUGUUACCUGUGGUGUUGGAGACUUGAGGUUCAAGAGCGUAUGCCUGUACACAAGACGCAAGGAAUGGCAUUUAUAAGGAGGCUGGUGUAGGGUUAUGGGUAGGAGUUGCAGAGCA